AUGUUAGCUAACAAGAUUAUUCAAACAUUAGCCGUUUCCCUUUUGGCUUCUACCGGAUUGGCCCACCCAGUUGCCCACCUCCACCACCAACAUGCAAAGAGAGAGGUUGUUCACGUUACUGAGACCGUUGUUGUCACCGUUGGUGGCUCCGAGGCCAGUACCGUCCAGUUGGUCCACGCCGACCCAUCGGCCGUGACCGCCUCUACUCCUACCCAAAACGCUCAAGUUGUCCCAACCGCCACCACCUCAUACACUCCUGCCUCCACCACCAGCGCAGAGUCCACCUCUUCUGAGUCCUCCACUUCCAGCUCCAGCUCUUCUGCUUCCAAGCCAACCUCUACUGGCGACUUCACCGGUGGCUCCAAGGGUGUCACUUACUCUCCUUACUCUUCCUCCGGUGCUUGUAAGUCCUUGUCCGAGGUCCAGAGUGACUUGGAAAAGCUCUCUGACUACGGUUUGAUCAGACUUUACGGUGUCGACUGUAACCAAGUCGAAAACGUUCUGCAAGCCAAGGGUGACGACCAGAAACUCUUCUUGGGUAUCUACUACGUCGACGCCAUUGCUGACGGUAUUUCCGAGAUCAAGAACGCUGUUGAGAAAUACGGUUCCUGGGACGACAUUGACACCAUCUCCAUUGGUAACGAGCUCGUCAACGCUGGCACUGCUACUCCUUCUGACAUCAAGAACUACAUCAGCCAAGCCAAGUCGGCUCUUUCCGGCUCUGGCUUCUCUGGUUCCCUUGUUUCCGUCGAUACCCACGUUGCCAUCAUUGCCAACCCAGACCUCUGUGAGUACUCCGACUACAUUGCCUUCAGUGCCCACGCUUACUGGGACGGAACCAUCUACCCUGAUGGAGCUGGUGACUGGUUGUUGUUGCAAAUGCAAAGAGUCUGGAGCGCCUGUGACGGUAAGAAGACUGUGAUGUGUGCUGAGUCCGGAUGGCCUCACUCCGGUGACUCUUUCGGUGUUGCUGUUCCAUCUUCUGAGAACCAGGCUACUGCCAUCAAGUCGCUCAAGUCUUCUGUUGGAAACGAUGUCAUCCUCUUCAACGCCUUCGACGAUCUGUGGAAGGCACCAGGUUCUUACAACGUUGAGCAAUUCUGGGGAUUCAGUUCUUAA